UCUUCUCCAGCUGGUCGGAAAACUACAAUGGCUCCCGGGACAACUUCAUGCAUGUUCCUGUCACAGCUGCUGCUGCUCUGUGUGAUGGCUAUUAUGAGGACAGGAAUGGCAUUCCCUCAAAAGCCAGGAUGCCCAACUGCUGAGGAUGAGAAUUUCCCUCAGCAUGUGAAGGUCAACCUGAAUAUUCUUAACGGGAAUAGAAGUUCCAGAAGGCCCAUGGAUUACUACCGCCGAUCCACAUCACCAUGGAGCCUGCAUCGGAAUGAGGACCCCGAGAGAUACCCCUCUGUGAUCUGGGAGGCCAAGUGCCUCCACUGGGGCUGUGUCAAUGCUGAAGGGAAGGAAGAGCACCACAUGAACUCCGUCCCCAUCCAACAGGAGAUCCUGGUUCUGCGAAGGGAGUCUCAGCACUGCCCCCACUCCUUCCAGCUGGAGAAGAUGCUGGUGACUGUGGGCUGCACCUGCGUGACCCCCAUUGUUCGCCAUGUGGGAUAAGAACUUUCUGUCUAACCCCAGUUCCCCAGGCCACUUAGGCUUUCUGGGUAGUAGACCCAGCCCCAUUUCUGACCAAACUCACAUGGGUUCAUAAAUUAGUUCAUCCAAUUGAAGUUUCAGAGGGAACACUUCUGUUCAGAGAUAGAAUCUGAACAAUCUUUCCCUCUUCCUAAAGAUGGAAGUUUUGAUUGAGUACCAAUUUGCUUUUUGUUUGCUCUUCUAAGAGCUUUAAGUUAUUUGUGUAUUUAAUAGACCCUGAGAUAACUUU